AAAAUGGCACCAGCCAAGACAAUGUUCCAGUCCUUGCUCCUUCUGCUGCUGGGGCUGUGGGUGGCCAAGGUCCGAGUUAGUGCUAAACCUAGCCACAUGACCUCAGCACAGUGGUUUGAAACUCAGCAUGUGCAGACCAGCCCUCAAGCAUGCAACUCAGCCAUGGCCCACAUCAACAAGUACACCAAACACUGCAAAAACCUCAACACCUUCCUGCAUGAAUCUUUCUCCAGUGUAGCCACCACCUGCCAGACGCCCAAUAUAGCCUGCAAGAAUGGCAGGGAGAACUGUCACCAGAGCCAGAAGUCUGUGUCCCUGACCAACUGUGAACUCACAUCAGGGAAAUAUCCAAACUGCAGGUACAGAGAGAAGCAUCUGAGUGCACCAUACAUCGUGGCCUGUGAGCCUCCUCAGCAAAAGGAUGAUCUGCAGUACUCACUGGUUCCGGUGCACUUCGACAAUGUUGUUUGAGACCUGCUUGCCCACUCCCAUGCCUGCUCUGAACACUGCUUCAAGGGCAUUUCCUCCUCAGAACAUGUCACUAAUCCUUCCCUUCCUUGCACAAAAUCAGCCUCACCUUGCUAUUCCGUAGGGGCUUUAUGAUGCUAUGAAUGGUGCUGUGGCUUUCUUUGCUUUCUCAGUGUCUGGUACUACCUGGCUCCUCCAGAAUCAAGUGCACAGGAUCUCAGUGG